UUUCUCUUGUUGACUUUGCCUCGGUGCGUCAGAUUUUUCACCCGACAGCCAUGUCCUGCUACGAUCUGUGUCCUCCCACUCCCUGUGGCCCAACCCCGCUGGCCAAUAGCUGCAAUGAGCCCUGUGUCAGGCAGUGCCAGGACUCCACAGUGGUGAUCCAGCCCUCUCCUGUGGUGGUGACCCUGCCUGGACCCAUCCUCAGCUCCUUCCCCCAGAACACCGCCGUGGGUUCCUCAGCAUCGGCAGCCGUCGGGAGUGCCCUCAGCGCAGGAGGGGUCCCUAUAUCCUCCGGCAGCUCCUUGGGAUUUGGGGGCUUUGGGUAUCCAGGCCUGGGCAGUGGGUACAGCCGGCCCUACCGUCGCUACAACGCCUACCGCAGUGGCUUCUAUGGGCCGUGCUAAAGCAUGAGGAGCAAGUAGAUGGAAUGACCAGGAACGCUGAAGCAUGAU